AAGUGAAAGCAAUUCAUCGGUAGGACAAGUGAUUGGGCACCAGAACCAGAAGUCACCACGAGACUGGUUCGAAUUUCCGGUUUGCUUUCACCUGUUCACACGCCGUUCACAAAUUCUCUGCUUUCUUUGUUCUUCCCUCGUCUCUGUUGCUUACAGAUCCCAUACAUUCAUUCUCUUUCCUUCCAAUUUCUGGCACUUUGGGCAACAAUGGCGGCGAUCGUGGUCCAACAAUUAGCUCACUGUAUCACUUGCCAUGCUUGGAGCCCUGACAAAUCCAUGGUUGCAUUUUGUCCCAAUAAUAAUGAAGUGCACAUCUACAAAUUGUUUGAAGACAAAUGGGAAAAGGUGCAUACCCUUCAAAAGCAUGACCAAAUAAUUUCUGGGAUUGACUGGAGUACAAGAACAAACAGAAUAGUGACUGCAUCGCAUGAUCGGAAUUCAUAUGUCUGGAACCUUGAAGGAUCAGAAUGGGUGCCAACUCUUGUCAUCCUCAGGCUAAACCGUGCUGCUCUAUGUGUUCAGUGGAGUCCGAAAGAAAACAAGUUUGCGGUUGGUAGUGGGGCCAAAACUGUUUGUGUAUGCUACUAUGAACAGGAGAACAACUGGUGGGUCAGUAAACUUAUCCGGAAAAAACAUGAAUCUUCAGUGACGAGCAUUUCUUGGCAUCCCAAUAAUAUUCUGCUUGCAACAACAUCUACAGAUGGAAAAUGCCGAGUAUUCUCCACCUUAAUAAAAGGUGUAGAUGCAAAGGAUUCAAAAGGGGGCACUUCAUCAGAUUCAAAGUUUGGAGAGUUAAUAAUUCAGCUUGAUCUCUCAUUAUCAUGGGCAUUUGGCGUCAAAUGGUCACCAAGUGGCAAUACUUUGGCUUAUGUAGGUCAUAAUUCUAUGAUAUAUUUUGUUGAUGAUGUUGGCCCUUCUCCUUUGGCCCAAAAUGUUGCCUUUCGUGAUUUGCCACUCCGUGAUGUAUUAUUUGUCUCUGAAAGAAUGGUAAUUGGCGUGGGUUUUGAUUGUACUCCUAUGGUUUUUGCUGCUGAUGAUAGAGGAAUAUGGAGUUUUGUGAGAUAUCUUGGAGAAAGGAAAGCAAUAUCAUCUGGAUCAAAAUAUGGAUCACAGUUCUCUGAAGCAUUUGGGAAAUUUUAUGGCCAAUCAAAGCAUGGAAUGAACAACGACUCUGUUGAGAGUUCAAAAAUACGUGGAGGCGUUCAUGAGAACUGUAUAAAUUGUAUCAUGCCACUUGGAGAGCGUGGAACAUUUAUCAGGCGUUUCAGCACAUCAGGCUUGGAUGGAAGAGUGGUAAUUUGGGAUUUGGAGAACCAGCAAGAUUUAUUAGACUGCUUGUAAGCUUAUGAAGGAUGAAUGGAGCAUUACUUUGUAUAUGAAUUUGGCAGAGAGCAAAAAAACCUGUCUCUACCCGAAAGGCUUUAGCAGGCUUGAGUCCUCAGAUUUAUUUGCACAUGAAUCUGUGCCUUAUAAGAUAUUAUUUCAUUUUCCUUUGGCUUUGUUGUACUCUGGCUAGUGAUUUACAAGGAAGAAAAUGGCAUGAGAUAUUCUGGUCGAGAAA